UGUGUCAUGCGUUAACUAUUAGCGUGCUGUGUUAUGCUAAAGGUUAAAGUUCUGUCUCCCGAUCGAUUAUGCAAUAGCUUGCGGGUUUGCAUCGUGCUCAUCGGACCGUGAUAGACCGAUCUGUGAUCGGCACAAGUGGUUCUGGUCGGCGGUCAUGAGUGCUGUAGCUUUAUAGAAUCGACUGCGCCUGGCCUGUUUUUGCGCAAUUGUUAGCUGAACAAACAGACGCCGUUCACACGGAUCCUCAGUCAAUAGGAAGAGACAGAAAUGGGUCAGCCCGAACAAUCCGCCGGUGCGUCAGGACAGACACGUGAAAAGAAAUCCAGAAGAAGUCGGAAAAAGGGACAAAAACCAGCCGAAAAGACGAGCGACAGGCAGGACGCUCCUCCUGAAAAUGAAUCGGGAGCGGACGCAGCACCAGCCGGUGCCAAUGCCACAAAAGGCCGCCGGAGGAAGGACAAAGCUGGUGCCACAAAGGGGCAGGUCGGACAGCAAGUGAGUGCAGGUAAAAGUGCCGAAGCCCCGCGACAGGACGGUGACACACAGAGGUUUGACGGACCGGGACAUCUAGGAAAAGAGCGUAACGGUGCAGACCACGGGGGGUACACGGAACCUCCUCACGGGGAAGGAGCACCUGGCCGGGGGGAGGGAACCGCACCGGCCGCUGAAGGUGACUCGGGCCAGCAUGACAAGGUGGGGCCGGACCAAAAACGGCGGAGAAAUAAGAAGAGCAAAGAGUCUAAGCUUCUUGUCUAUCGUCGGUUAGGGGAAUAUAUGGCGGAAGAGGACGAGAAAAAGGUAGAGGAAGUCCUUGCGAAAAAGGGAGUAACGGAAAUCGACGAUAAAUCUAACAUGGCUGCGGGGGUGGACGGACGAGGUGACGUGGCCGACGUGGUUCAAAGUCCAGCAGCUCCGCCGACAGGCGCCUUGGCAACUGACGGUGACGGAGAGGGCGAGGAUACGUAUUACAGCAUUUUGGCGCAGAUACAGGAAACGGUUGAACAGGCGGCAGAAACACUUAACGAUCCUACGGCUGAAGGUGAGGUUGAAGAUUCGCCCUCCUCCUUUGAGGACAUUUUAAAAUUUGCUGCGGCGAUGGAGGAAAGCGACGACACGAUCACAACCCAGGAUGAAAGUCAGCCACCAACACCUGCCACCACGGACGCAGACGGCCCUCCGCAAGUACAGGACAUUCCUGAAGUGCCGACCAGCCGCAUCGCGACCACUGGAACCGGGGAAGUCAGCUCAAGUAGCAGCUCCCACCCCAAAGAUAGCAUAGAUGUUGACAUGGCAAUUUCACAUGUUGCAGAGAAAGAGUCAAAGGUCCCUAACGCUGGCGAGGAUAUGGAAGACGACGCCAAGGUGCAAGACGCCGGAACACCAGAGGAUAUGAGUUCAGACAGAGGGGACCCUGCUCCACAGACUGAAGUCAAUGUCAACGGCACAGGAGUAACUGAGAACGAGCCAAAAUCAACAGAGGAGCUACAUUCAGCUGGGUCAAGUGUUGGCAUGGAAGAAGGCUGUGAAGAGAGUAACAUACCAGCACCACCCGAAUCUUCUACCAGCGAGGUAACAGAAAUCAAUACUGUUGAGCCGGUAACACCCGAACAGGACACAAGUGGGGACGAACCACUUCCAGCUCCAGGUGCUGAAAAUCCCGGCAAAGAAGCAGACGGCGGCGUGAGCGGGACCACAGAUACUGAUGCAACAACUCCCGCCGUAGAAGUCACCCCUGUCAUCUCCACGGCUGAGGCAGCGACUGACCCAGUCACGCCAGCUAAGUCUGAAGAUGACACGACAGAAGCAGUUAACGAGGAGGAUCUGCUUCUGAACGCCGAGGAAGGGGAAGCUAUCGCCAUCAACCUACCGAGGCAUCUGUCAGAAGAGGUACGGGAUACGGCUACUGAGGCCGACAUGGGCAACAAAUCAGCAAAACCAAGUCCUGAUGACGAACAACCUGCUAGUAAACAAGACGCAGUAGACGAUGAUACAGAGGUGUUUGGCGAUGCUGUUGCGGACACCUCCACAAUGCCACCCGAUAAUCAGCCAGAUUUGCCAAACGAUGUACCAGCAAACCCAAUCCAAACCUCCGAGGAUGAGAUAGAAGUAGAACUUGAAGUGACAGUUCCAAACGAAACGCCGGACAGUCAGGAUGCAGAAGAAGAUCAAACCGAGGUCCCAAACUACACCCCUCCUCCUCCAACACCAGAUUCAACGGACCCUGCCAUCCCGGCGGAAGAGAAGGCCGCCCAGCCGAAACAAGAGACGACGAUCGUUAUCGGCAAAGUGUCAACGCUUCCGGAUGAUAUACCGUACAUUGACGACGUCGAUGAGCCAGUGGAGGAGGCUGACACCGAAGUGUAUCCUGUACGCAUUGGCGAAACCACACCCCUCAACGCUGCAGAGGAGAAAGCUCCUGUAGAAAUUCCCAAGGUCGCUAGCGCUGAAGAGGAACCUCUGAUCGUGUCACCGGAGCCGACACAAGAUGAACCCAGCACGACCCCAGAGGAGAAACCCAAGAAAAAGAAGAAACGAUCCAAGUUGUUCUCGUGCAUGUUUCCAUGCGUGCAGCCUCCUAAAGAGAAGAAUCACUAGCUUCCUUAAAAGGUAGGCUGUGCAAAAACGGUGGAGACGUAAAGUCAGACUUUCUCAGAGAACUGUAGCUGUGUCUGUCAUGGCCUAUGAGGAUUGUUUACUCGUUGAUUGUUAAAUCUAAGAAGUGUUUGGACACAAAUUAAGGCCAUUAAGCAAACGCGAUUUGUAGUAUGGGUAGGGCAAAAAUGAACAAUAUAGGUCAUCCCUUAUGUGACCCGCUGCAAGAAAAGCAUUUGUAAAUAAUUUAUUAUGAUGGCAGGUAGGCUCUGGCAGGUAGGGUUACCGGACACCACCACAUCCUGGUGACCACAAAUUGUUUUUCUAGUUCAAGAUUCUUAAAAUGAUUUUAGAAAUCACUAACUAUGUAUUUCAGUAGAUUGUGAUAGAUAUUCUAUGGUGUGAAGCUAUACUCUGUAAUCACGGCCAUGAUUUUAUGUCGCUCACCCACCCAAUGUUCAGUCAUCUGUGCAUAACUCUUGUAUACAAUAGUAUUUGUAAUCGCAAGGUUUAAAUGGUAAUGGAUUCUACAAGCCAUGAUGUCACUUAAUUGAACAUACUGCAAAUCAUGUCCUACCCUUGUUAACUUGAAGUGUGGAAAUAAUUUAAACAUUUUGACAAAGUCUUUAGCAUUGACAUUUCUGUGAUGUAAUCCGUCACCAUGCCCAUGGGACUCAUUGUCAGGAAAUGGGGCUAAUUUAGGUGCAGCACAGAGCAGAUGGCUUUGGCAUUUCACUGGGGAAUCAUAGAUGGAAUAUUUUACCUUCCUGUACCCCCUCAUGGAUAGAUGAGACCAUAUGCACUGGAGAGAAAAUACCCAGUUGUCACCUCCAGAGGCUAGUAAUUGACUGAGUUGAUCAAUUUGCUACUGUUGUAAGUUAUAUGUAGAAUGUCCUAUUCCAAAUCAGCCAAUAUUUGUUAGCUUGGUAAGACUAGGCUGCCAUGUUAAGUUGUAUGUGGCACCUGCAUUAGCAGGUCUGUGCUCAGUUCAGUUCAUAGGGCAAAUAUCACAUCACAAUGCAUGUUUGAUAGUAGACAGUGGACCAUUGUUCAGGUUGGCUUUCCUAUUCAUUACAAACUAUUCCAACAUGUCGGUUGGCACACACAGAACCAUGUGCAAUCAUGGAGUUGAUUCUUUGACAUGUUUGUGCUGUCUUGAAAAAAAAAAAUACAAAAAUGUACGAGCUUCUUUUUCA